CACUUUGUCGCAUCGCUAGCCCCGCCCCCUGAGCCUGGAUAGCGGCGCGAGGGCCGAAAGAACGGUGCGCAGCGAGACGGCGAACGAGUGUUGGGAUGGCUACCAACUGGGGGAACCUCUUGCAAGAUGAGCAGCAGCUAGAGGAGCUGGCACGGCAGGCCGUGGACCGGGCCCUGGCUGAGGGAGUGUUGCUGAGGACCUCACAGGAGCCCACUUCCUCGGAUGUGGUGAGCUAUGCCCCAUUCACGCUCUUCCCUUCACUGGUGCCCAGUGCCCUGCUGGAGCAAGCCUAUGCUGUGCAGAUGGACUUCAACCUGCUAGUGGAUGCUGUCAGCCAGAACGCUGCCUUCCUGGAGCAAACUCUCGCCAGCACCAUCAAACGGGAUGAUUUUACUGCUCGUCUCUUUGAUAUCCACAAGCAAGUCCUAAAAGAGGGCAUUGCCCAGACCGUGUUCCUGGGCCUGAACCGCUCAGACUACAUGUUCCAGUGCAGCGCAGAUGGCUCCCCAGUCUUGAAACAGAUCGAAAUCAACACCAUCUCUGCCAGCUUUGGGGGCCUGGCCUCCCGGACCCCAGCUGUGCACCGACAUGUUCUCAGUGUCCUGAGUAAGACAAAAGAAGCUGCCAAGAUCCUCUCUAAUAAUCCCAGCAAGGGACUGGCCCUGGGAAUUGCCAAAGCCUGGGAGCUCUACGGCUCAGCUAAUGCUCUGGUGCUACUGAUUGCUCAAGAGAAGGAAAGAAACAUAUUUGACCAGCGUGCCAUAGAGAAUGAACUACUGGCCAGGAACAUCCACGUGAUCCGACGAAGAUUUGAAGCUAUCUCUGAAAAGGGAUCUCUGGACCAAGACCGAAGGCUGUUUGUGGAUGGCCAGGAAAUUGCUGUGGUUUACUUCCGGGAUGGCUACAUGCCUUGUCAGUACAGUCUACAGAACUGGGAAGCACGUCUACUGCUGGAGAGGUCAUGUGCUGUCAAGUGCCCAGACAUUGCUACCCAGCUAGCUGGGACUAAGAAGGUGCAGCAGGAGCUGAGCAGGGCAGGCAUGCUGGAGAUGUUGCUCCCUGGCCAGCCUGAGGCUGUGGCCCGCCUCCGUGCCACCUUUGCUGGCCUCUACUCACUGGACAUGGGUGAAGAAGGAGACCAGGCCAUUGCUGAGGCCCUUGCUGCCCCUAGCCGGUUUGUGCUAAAGCCCCAGAGAGAGGGUGGAGGUAACAACCUAUAUGGGGAAGAAAUGGUGCAGGCCCUGAAGCGGCUGAAGGACACUGAGGAGAGGGCCUCCUACAUCCUCAUGGAGAAGAUCGAACCUGAGCCUUUUGAUAAUUGCCUGCUACGGCCUGGCAGCCCUGUCCAAGUGGUCCAGUGUGUUUCAGAGCUAGGCAUCUUUGGAGUCUAUGUCAGGCAGGGAAAGACACUCGUGAUGAACAAGCACGUGGGGCAUCUACUUCGAACCAAAGCCAUCGAGCAUGCAGAUGGUGGUGUGGCAGCAGGAGUGGCAGUCCUGGACAACCCAUACCCUGUGUGAGGGCACAACCAGGCCCACAGGACCUUCUUUCCCCUGUAUUUGUCAUUCCUCUCCUAGCCCUCCUGAGGGGCUGUCCUCCUAAAGACCUCCAGAGUCUUUAUGGAAGGGUAAAUGGUGAUACUUUCCCCCAGCUCUCCAUCUGAGGACCAGAAAAGCUGUGUUUCCCUUAGAUGAGAUCUAGAGGCCCCCAAAUCUUUGGGGUGUGGGUACAGCUGAGGGAAAGCUCUGAGGUAAAGGUCCAUGAACCCUGCCCCGCUUCUGUCAGCCCCUUAUAGCCUUUUCAGCAGGUUCCAGUGCCUGACUUGGGAUAGGACUGAGUGGUAGGAGGAAAGAGAGUGGAGGGGCAUAGCCUUUCCCCAAUUCUGCCUUAAAUAAAGCUGCAUUGCUAAUUCA